AUGUUUGGAUCGGAGGAGAGUGGCAAUGUUGUGUGGGGAUCCAUGGAAGGGAGCGCAGCGCAUGAGUUUCCGAGCACCAUCUUUGCAUACGUUAAAGGACAAGUACGAAUACAUCGAAGUGGAAAGACGGAAGGAGGAGUUGGGUUGAUCCGAUUGAAUCGACCCAAGGCUCUCAAUGCCCUCUGUGAUGACUUGUUCAAGGAUUUGGUUCAUGCUGGACAAGCUUUGGACAGCGAUGACGACAUUGGAUGUCUUGUCUUGACGGGUAGCACCAAAGCCUUUGCGGCAGGAGCGGAUAUCUCCGAAAUGAAGGACCGAACAUUUGAUCAUGCUUACAAGACGAACAUGUUUGCCUGGUGGGGACAAUUCACCAAGUUGUCCAAACCAGUGAUUGCGGCCGUCAAUGGAUUUUGUCUAGGAGGAGGAUGCGAGGUGGCCAUGAUGUGUGAUAUUGUGAUUGCCGGAGAAAAGGCAAGAUUUGGUCAACCCGAGAUCAAUCUAGGUGUCAUCCCAGGUGGAGGAGGCACCCAACGCUUGAUUCGAGCCAUUGGCAAAUCCAAGGCCAUGUACAUGUGUCUGACCGGUGAUAUGAUGGGUGCCGAAGACAUGGAACGAGCUGGAUUGGUGGCCAAAAUUUUCCCUCCCGAUGACUUGGUCGAUGAAGCCGUCAAGAUGGGAACCAAAAUUGCCUCCAAGGGACGCAUCAGCGUCAUGAUGUGCAAGGAAGCCAUCAAUGUGUCACAAGAAGUUUCUCUGGAAGAAGGAUUGAGAUUCGAACGACGAAUGUUCCAUGCCCUAUUUGCCACGGCAGACCAAAAGGAGGGAAUGGAAGCCUUUUUGGAAAAGAGAGAACCCAACUUUACGCACAAGUAG